AUGGCCCCGACCCUCCUGCUGCUGCUGCUGCUGCUUCGCCACGAUGUCUCUGCCAGCCUAGAGGAGAAGCUGACACAUGUGGAGAAGUACGAGAUGGUGAUGCCUCGCAGGGUGCCAGCAGCCCGGGGGAAGAGGGACCUCUCUGCACAAUCUAGCAUCUAUCCAGAUCACGUCCUCUACAGCAUCCAUGCCGAAGGCAAGGACUAUAUUCUGCAUCUGGAGAAGAAUAAGGAGCUGCUUGGACAGCAUUACACUGAAACACAUUACGCAGCCAAUGGCACGGAGAUCACAGAGAAGCCAGAUGUUCUGGAUCAUUGCUUUUAUCAAGGCCAUGUUCAGGGAUAUGCCAUUUCAGCAGCAAGCAUCAGCACCUGCAAAGGGCUCAGUGGAUUUUUCCGGGUAAAUGAGACUGCCUAUGUGCUGGAGCCCCUGGGUGAGGACGAGGCUGGAUGGCAUGCAGUGUACAGAGCAGCUCGCCUGCGGAUGAAGCACAGCACAUGCCAAGAGUCUGGUGCCACCCUGGAAUAUGACCACGAACCAAAAAUUGCUGCAGCCAUGAAGCUUCAUCACUGGAAAUCAGCUCCAGUACACAAAGGGCCUCGGUAUGUGGAGCUGGUCUUGGUUGUGGACAAUGAGGAGUUCAGGAAGUACAAGGACUUGCGCAUGGUGCAGGAUCGCAUGAAGGAAAUUGUGAACCACGUUGACAAGCUUUAUCAGCCUCUUCACCUGCGUGUGGCCUUGAUCGGUUUGGAGGUGUGGAACAACAAGGACAAGAUCACUGUGAGUCCCAGCCCAGAAGUGACUCUGGACAACUUCCUCCAUUGGCGUGAGACAGAGCUACUGAAGAAGAAAAAGCAUGACAACGCCCAGCUGAUCACGGGCAUAGACUUCCAUGGAACAACUGUAGGCCUCGCGAAGAAGCUUGCAAUGUGCACCAGGGACUCAGGUGGUGUCAGUCAGGACCACAGUGUGAAUCCUAUUGGUGUUGCAUCCACCAUGGCUCAUGAGCUGGGGCACAACCUGGGGAUGUCUCAUGAUGAAGACAUUGCUAGCUGCCACUGUCCUGUUCCCAAAACUGAUGGAGGAUGUGUCAUGGCAGCGAGUGUUGGCUUGGUUUACCCUAAGCUCUUCAGCAGCUGCAGUGAACACGACAUGUGGCAGUUCCUUGGAGACCCCAGGACCAGCUGCUUGCUGAACAUCCCCAAGGCCGAUGAACUGUUUGGGGGGCCUGUGUGUGGGAACCAGUUUGUAGAGCGAGGAGAGCAGUGCGACUGUGGCACACCGGAGGAGUGCUCCGAUCGCUGCUGCAAUGCCACCACUUGCCAACUGAGAGAGGGAGCCGAGUGUGCCCGUGGAACGUGCUGCCAGGACUGCAAGGUGAAGGCUGCUGGCACACUGUGCCGGGCCAGCAAGAACAGCUGUGACCUGCCUGAGCACUGCACUGGGCUCAGCCCUGAGUGCCCAGAGGACGUCUUCCAGGAGAAUGGCAUCCCGUGCCAGAAUGGGAAAGGUUACUGCUACAAUGGGGCAUGCCCUUCACAUGGCGAACAGUGCCGUGCACUCUGGGGAGCAGCGGCCCAGGUGGCUCCUGACAUCUGCUUUGAGCGAAACAGUCAGAAAAACCAGUACCUCCACUGCCUCACUGAGUCAGGAAAGAGGCCCUGCAGCCCCAAGGAUGUGAAGUGUGGCACACUGCUGUGUCUGAGUGAGAACACCAGCCCAGUCCUUGGUGGCAGCUCAUACUCCUUUUCAUUUGGCCGCUUCAGUUGCAAAGCAGUCAUCACAGAUAUCGAUGCCAAUGAGAUGGUGGCCAAUCUCAGACUGGUGCCCACAGGUACCAAGUGUGGGGAGGAAAUGGUCUGCUAUGCCGGGCGCUGCCAGAACGUCCUGGUCUAUGGCAACAAGAACUGCUCUGCAAAAUGCAAUAAUCAUGGGGUUUGCAAUCACAAGCGGGAGUGUCACUGUGAACCAGGGUGGGCAGCGCCGUACUGUGAGCAGAAGAUUUUGGAGAUCACCACAGGGGGCAGCAGCCUGGUCGUGGCAGCUGUACUGGCUGUGUUGGCAGUCUCAGGCAUCCUGCUUGGUGGAGGCUUUAUGCUUGUCAGAGGCAGUGGGAAGAGGUACUUCCAGAAAGGGCAAAUCUCCAGCAGUCCUGCCCGUGGCCUCACCAACCCACUAUUCCAGGAGGGUGGCAGGAAGCGACCCACGCAGAAUGAUCUAUCCCGGCAUGACAUCAGCAACCCCAGCCUGCUCACCACGACCUUGGACCUGCAGGGUGCCCGCUCUGUGAAGCCCAGCCGCCCACCUCCAGAGGUGAAGCCAAAUCCACCCAGCAAGCCUCUCCCAGCACUGAAGAGCAAGGAGCUCACCCAGCCCCACUGCACUGCAGGAGAAGCACCAUUGCCACCAGCUCCUCCAGUCCCUCCUGCCAAGCCCACAGCCAUGUCAUCCCAGCCACAUCCAGACCUCACCAAGCCCCAGAGAGGUGUUCCGCCAAAAGUGGCCCUGAAGCCACCCACAGCCUGGAGGUGACCCAGGCUGCAUUUGCCACAACAAUAGGGGAAUUGCUAGCUCUGGCGCUCUGGAUGGGACAGUGAGAGCAUCCACGUCUUGCUUCAAUGGUACUUGAAUUGCUUGCUGGACCCUCCCUUGAGGCCAUCAGUGUUUACAGAUGUUUGAAUCGUGCCUUAACAGACUUUUAGCUAUAUGGUUUGACCAGAGUCAUGAGCUGGAGGCUCACAAUCAUAGGUAGAGACCAGUAACAUGGACAGUGCCAAGACCACUCUCCUUUCCAGAAAGUCCCAAACAAGACCUGUUGUUUUUUUUUUUUUUUUUUUUUUUUUUUUUCUUUCUUUCUUUCUUUCUUUUUCUGUUCUCCUCCAAGCUCCUGCUGAUCUGGCUCUGAUUCUUAGUUGCUAUGGGCUUUUCAUGGAGUUGCCUGUACCCUGGGUGCUGCUGCUUCUCUCACGCUGGCUCCACACCCAGUCUAGUGGCUUAUGCCUGGUCCAAAGGGCUCUUUGGACCUUGGUCUGGGGUUCUUGAGAGCUCCUGCUCUUCUUGGCCCUUUCCUGAUGGGGCCACAGUGAUGUGCUCACAGCUUUGCCACGCAAAGUCUGACCAGACUCAGAGCUCUUCACAACAGGGACAGCUCCUGCUCUGAGGACAGUGCCUGUGGGCACUGUGGCUGAUGGGCCACUCCUGCAUUAGCCCAGCACUGCAACUGGGGCCAGCUGCACAGUGUGUCUUGCCAGAGGCCUUGGCAGGUGCAAGCCAGGUUUGGAUUCAUUGUGGUCAGUCUCUGGCGGGGUUUUCCAGCUCUGGAGUUACCACUCAACUAACUCUUCUCCCGAAGGGAGAUUUCCUGGCAGUGUUUUCACCACAGCUAUUAAUUUAUGAUCCUUCCUAUGACCAUUUUGAGCCAUUCAUUGUGAAACUGGUCCUCCCCAUUUUGAUAUCAUUCAGG